AGGCCCACUUCACUCACGGCAAUCAGCACACCCUUGUGAAUGAAUGCGUUCAGCUGGACAUUUACAAAAGCUAUUUACAUGAAUUUGCUGUGCUUGCACUCACCCUUCUUUCAGCUGCAGCUGCAGAGAGCCAGCACGCCCUUCAGUGUGCGCUCAUUCUGAAUGCACCGUGCGUCUUGCGCCCACACUCUCUGUGCUCACCGAGGGUAUUUAAUCCACUGUUUUUAAGAACCCCUAAAAGACAGUAUAACCCCCGGAUUGUCGGCUCACAUCGCAGGGUUUUAUGGUUGCGUGGAAACAAAGAGGCUUCGCUCAGUGGAGGGAGCCUCGGGAGUGCAGGAGCGUUUCCAGAAGCGCGUCGCGGUUGCCGGAGCGGCUCUCGGCACAAGUUUAAAGAGCAGCGGGGAAGACUUGUUGGAAGCGGAGCAAUACACAGCCCCGUCCGAUUCGUCUGAUCUGCAGGGAGACUUUCAGCCUAUUCAGAAACACACCAUGAAGAGAACAGAAACGGGAACAACGACGUUUGACAGCAACUGGGGAGGUUGAUGUGGACUUCAGCCCUGAACCCCUGCGGUCUUCCCUGGAGCAUGCCCAUAUCCCACCAUGCACCUAGCUGCAGUCUGGCUGCUGCGUUACUUGGUGGUCAUGUGUUUGCUUCUACACAGCUUUGUCUUGAUGACCUUCUGCUUCCAUCACGCUGCCACCACUUGCUCCAAGAGGUGCUACUGCUCUGAGACCGAGAAUGGAGGCAAGAUGAUGCGUUGCAGCAAUCUGCAGCUCACAGAGAUCCCAGAGGACAUCCCCAAUGACACGCGGCAUGUCUACCUUGACUUUAAUUUGAUAACUGCAGUUCCGUCAAAUGCUUUUGCAAGUUUGACUCACUUAGUUGAACUGGACCUAUCGCACAAUGAGAUAAGCCAUCUGGAACCUGGUGCAUUCAGAGGGCUUGGCUCCUCUUUACAGUUCCUAGAUCUGUCUUCAAACAAGUUGGUGAACUUUAACUCCGAUGCCUUUGAGGGCCUUCGAGCUCGCGCCAACUUAACAAACAACCCAUGGCUUUGUGACUGCAACCUGCAGAUGGCUCUGCCCCGUGUGGACCUGGAGCCGGCCUCACUGACGGGCAUUGUGUGCCAGACUUCAGAUCCAGAGGAUAUAGGAGUUAAAGGACUUGCCUUUCUUUUGGAACCGGAAAUAGACUUAUGUGCGUUGAUGAAGAGGACUACAGACGUAGCCAUGCUCGUUGUUAUGUUUGGCUGGUUCACCAUGGUCAUUUCCUACCUGGUCUACUAUGUUCGAGCCAAUCAGGAGGACGCCCGCAGACACCUGGAGUAUCUCAAGUCGUUGCCCAGCAGGCAGGGCAAAUCAGAGGACUCGUCCACCAUUAGCACUGUGGUGUAGAGCUGAUUGAGCCACAAAUGGUGUCUAAAAUGCUUCAUCACGACAGCAUGCUUGGCAUGUAUCUAGACAGUGAUCGUGAGUCUCAAGGUUUGCCCUGCUGUUGAAGACAGGAAAUAAAACAUUUGCCAACACAAAAAACCGAGCCGGAUAUACUGUAGUCCAGAUGAAUAAUUCAUCUUUCUGAAGGCCAUUAGAACUUUUUGUUUUCUGGGUUGAUGGCCUUGCCUGUGCACGGAGGAAAUAAAAGUGGUUGCAUUUUUUUUUGCUGUACUCCAGAUAUGGGAUACAGAUGUUAUUUAUCCAGUGGCACAUGUAGGUGAAUGCUCCUGUUUUGCGAAGAGACUGGUCAGGACACCGUUACCAACAGCAAUAUGAACGGCUGAACACAGCAACACUACAAUGACAAGCUGUAUGUAAAACUGUUUCUCCUCGGUAUCCUAAUAGUGUAGUUCAGUAUAAUCCGAGUAAAGCUGCAUUUUCCAGUUAA